AAGCGUCGUUAGCUCGUUUUCACGUUAUAUAUGGCCACAAGUAUCCCACACCUCGUGUUUGCUCGUAUAGUCGAGUAUCAAUUACUUAACCGUGUUCGUGUUAAAGCAAUAUAAUUAUUUGGAAAAUGCUGAAAAGUUCCGCUUUUCACAGUCGGGUAAUAGUGAGAACGCUUGGUCGACACCGCGAGAAGCGGCCGUGAAAUACAAUACAAUUCGACAAGCGGACGAGGUACACGCUUCGAGCACGUGUUGAAACGUUGAACUAUAAGUAUAUUUAUAUACACGCACACUUUUUGCGGCAACUCGCGUGCGAUUUUGAAGAUGCAUCGGAACAUGUUGAGGUCGACGUGGAAUUGCCAAGUGACGGUGAGGCGGUUUUACAAAAAGUCGCACUGUCGAGUGAGGUUCGCUCCGAGUCCAACAGGCUAUUUACACCUUGGUGGACUAAGGACAGCACUUUAUAAUUAUUUAUUUGCUCGCUCGCAAAAUGGUACUUUUAUUCUAAGGAUUGAAGAUACAGAUCAGACCAGGGUUGUUCCUGGAGCAAUGGAACAGCUACACGAUGAUUUGAUAUGGGCUGGCAUUAUCCCUGAUGAGGAUCCCAUACGAGAAGGUCCUUUUGGGCCUUACAUUCAAUCAAGACGAAUAGAUAUUUAUAAAGAACAAGUGAAAUUAUUGUUAAACAAUGGCUCGGCAUACAAGUGUUUCUGUUCUGAGCGUAGAUUGGAAAUACUGAGAAAGGCAGCAGUGAAGGAAAGACAGACUCCCAAGUAUGACAAUAGAUGUAGGCACUUGACUGAUCAGGAAGUCAAAGAUAAACUUAAAAGAGGAGAACAAUAUUGUAUUAGAUUUAAGCUUACGCCGACACCUGAACCUUUUAAAGAUUUGAUCUAUGGAGACAUUAUCUAUGAUGCUCAAAAUGAAGGUGAUCCAGUAAUUCUUAAAAGUGAUGGUUUCCCUACUUACCACUUUGCCAAUGUAGUUGAUGAUCAUUUUAUGGAAAUUACACAUGUUUUGAGAGGAGUUGAAUGGCAAAUUUCAACACCUAAACAUUUACUACUUUACAAGGCUUUUGGUUGGUCUCCUCCGCAGUAUGCUCAUCUUCCUCUUAUAAUGAAUUCAGAUAAUACCAAACUAUCAAAAAGGCAGAAUGACAUUAGGGUAGAGCACUAUCGAAAAGAUGGAAUUUUUCCUCUAGCUUUAGUCAAUUAUAUAACUGCUGCUGGUGGCGGUUUUGUUCAUGAUAAAGGUCUGUCACAUUGUUAUACUUAUCAAGAACUAAUUAAACAGUUUUAUAUCCAUAAAGUAAAUGUCAAUUCUAGUAAAUUGAAUCCAGAUAAAUUAUUAGAGUAUAAUAGGUUGGAAAUAUCAAAUCUCUUAAAUAACGAGAAAAAUCACAAGUUCUUAGUGGAAAAAAUAAUCACGAUGAUAAAACAAACUUUUCCUGACAGAGCAUCCGAUGGUACCUUGCAUUUAGACCACGCGUACAUAAUAACGACCUUAAGGUGGGCGCAAAAUAGAAUAUCAAGACUAAGUGACUUAGUUAACGCUGAUAUGAAAUUCUUAUGGAUAAAACCUGCUAAGCAAGAACAUUGUAUAGAUCUGAAAUAUUUAGAAAUGGUCGAUAUGCUUACUAAGAAGCUUGAAAGCUUAGAUGAUAAUAGUUUUUGUCAAGAAUCUUUGAAAACAUACUUAAAAGAAUUUGCUAUCAACAACAAUGUUCCAUUUCCUGCCUUUAUGAAAACUUUAAGAAGUCUUUUAAGUGGAUUGAAGGAGGGGCCAGGUGUUGCGGAAAUGAUGGAAAUUUUGGGAAGAGAUGCAACUUUAAAUCGUUUGAAAAGAAACGCUAGUUAAAAUGAAAUUCAUUAAAUUUUAAUGAUUAGUUCCUUUUUUUUGUACAAUAUAAGCUACUCCAAUUCAAUAUUUCUACAUUCCUCUCUAGGAAAAAAUUAUAGAAAAUUAUGUAUUAUAUUGAAUUGCAAAUAAUUAUGUGAUAAUGCAUAUUUUUAUACGUAUAGAUAUAACCGACUAAGCAUCUUUAAUUCAUCAAAUUUAGUUUUUAAAUAAAACUGUCUUUUUACAAAAUUUACGCGAACACCUACUUUAAUUAGUUAAAAAUAGGUUUGAUCAGUAUAAUAUCUUUCAUUUCAAUACAUAGUACAUAUUUAAACAUAAUUUUUUUCUGCUUCCUGUACUCCAUCCGUCAACUAGUCUCUGUAGUUAGUGUGUUUGAUAAAACCUGUAAAUAAUUGUUCUACAAUAAUGAAUCAAUUUGCCAAUAAUUAUGUUGACAAGUGUAAGAUAAGAAAGAUACAAAUUAAUUUAUAACUUUAAUAAAAAGACAUCAAGGAAUUUAAAAGUAGGAGUUUAUUGAAAGUGAACAUCUUUCAUAUACAUUGAAAAGUCAAAAAUUCACAAAGAUAAAGUGUGUACUCGCGGGUAUAUGUGUAUGAAUGAGAAUGAUUUCAAAUGAGCCUUUGUGCUGUAAAAUUUAAAGUUACAAUAUAAUAGAAGAAGACAUGUUUUUUGUGACAUACAACAUUGAAUUGAACGGAAAGACAUCGGUAUAGAUCAGUACUGGCAUUUGUUUGUGUGUUAAUUGCAUUGACGCACUUACUAUGACGUAAA